AUGAAUUUCUCUUUAUCUGUUCGAGCAGCGGAACAACAUCGUCGAAUAUCUCGAGGUUAUACUCUAAAGAACGCAACCACCGGAAUUCUUCGUAGCAUUAAUGAUUCUUCACCACUUGAUUGUUUGGAGGGGACCUUACAAGAACUUGAAAAUUCUUUCAUUACCUUUCAAAAAAAUUUUUCAAGCGCCAAACAAGUUCACGAAUCUUUAAAUGAAUUUAAUAAAUCUUUUUCAACAUUUUUAUAUGGUAUCAAGACAAAUUCUCAUUGUAUAGAGUUUCCCGAAGCUCCAACAAAGGAAACAUUUGAAACAUUUACAAGUUUUACAAAUUUUGUUCAACAAGAUAAUGAAAAUGAAAAUGAACCUACCCCAAUAUCCACUCCUAAAAGAAUAAUUGCUACACCUCGUACUCAAACAAUAGAAAGAAAAGUAAAUACUCCAACUUCCCAAUUGAGGUUUGAACCUAUUGAACCAAAAACUCCAACGAAACCACCACCACCAAAAAAAAGAAAAAUGAAUAGAACUUUGGCUAUUAAGACAUUGAUUAAGAAAAUUGUUGAUAAUUUGUCACCAAAAUAUCGUGAUCAACAGCAAGCAAAUCGAAAAAAUGUAGAAAACAUUUUGAGACUUCUUUGUUUAACACGUAGCAAAUGUACUGAAUAUCUUAAUGUAUUAGUUAAUGGCAACCAUGUAGUUAAGCUUAGUCAAAAAGGUCAAUUGUUCAAAUUAAAUUCGGAAAAAUAUUCUUCGAUUUUCUGA